AUGGAUAUCACGGACGUUCCCCUCCAGGCCGAAAUGGUGGAGCUGGUGCCCAAUGGGAAGCACACAGCCACGCUCACCACCUCCACCGUGCCCUCACUGGCAGGUGACAGGUUUGAGGAGAACCAGACUGGCACAGCAGAGAUGGAGGAGUUCCUGCCCCACAGCGCUGAGAAGAAGCAGACGCACUUCACCGAUUUCGAAGGGAAGACGUCUUUUGGGAUGUCUGUCUUCAACCUGAGCAAUGCCAUCAUGGGCAGUGGCAUCCUGGGGCUGGCCUAUGCCAUGGCCAACACUGGCAUCAUCCUCUUCCUCUUCCUCCUGACGGCAGUGGCCCUGCUCUCCAGCUAUUCCAUCCACCUGCUGCUCAAGUCCUCAGGCAUCGUGGGCAUCCGUGCCUAUGAGCAGCUGGGAUACCGAGCCUUCGGCACGCCGGGGAAGCUGGCUGCAGCCAUCGCCAUCACACUGCAGAACAUUGGAGCACGGCCUUGCAUGUCCAGCUACCUGUACAUUGUCAAAUCUGAAGUGCCUCUCGUCAUCCAGACCUUCCUCAACCUGGAGGAGAAGACCACGGACUGGUACAUGAAUGGGAACUAUCUGGUGAUCCUGGUUUCCGUCACCAUUAUCCUGCCCCUGGCCCUCAUGAAGCAGCUGGGCUAUCUCGGCUACGCCAGCGGCUUCUCGCUCAGCUGCAUGGUGUUCUUCCUCAUCUCGGUUAUCUACAAGAAGUUCCAGAUACCCUGUCCACUCCCUGAGCAGGAGGGGAACCUCACAGGCAGCCUCAAUGCCACCUCUGUCAGCACCAGUGACUACCAGAACGGCUACACCAUCCUCCAGGCCCCUGAGCAGGGCACCUGCACCCCCAGCUUCUUCACCCUGAACUCCCAGACAGCAUACACCAUCCCCAUCAUGGCUUUUGCCUUCGUCUGCCACCCUGAGGUCCUGCCCAUCUACACUGAGCUGAAGAAUCCCUCCAAGAAGAAGAUGCAGUGCAUCUCCAACAUCUCCAUCACGGUCAUGUACCUCAUGUACUUCUUGGCUGCGCUCUUUGGCUACCUCACAUUCUAUG